CCGUGCUGCACGAAGACCUUCCCCAUUCUCUAUUUCUUUGCCCAGGAAUGAGAAGCGAUGUCCGGCAUAUCCAGCGACGAGAAGAACUGCCGCAGGUUCCUGGAGCUUUUCCUGGGGGAGUUUAGGGGACCAUUCGGGGAGGAGGACCCGAUCCCAUUCCGACCCAUGGCAGAUCACAUCACUCCAGAUGAGGUGGAAGGAGAAUGCCUGGACCUGUGCCUACAGCAACUCUGCAAAUAUAAUUGCCUAUCGUUCUUGGCUGCUGGACUGGCAAGGGCCACUGCAGAUGAGAUAUUGCAAAGUGACUUAUCCGUGUACUACUUACCAAAGCAUGUGGAUGGAACGGAAGGCAUCAUACAGAUUGAUACAGUGAAAUUAGCACAUGCAGUAUUCAGCAAAUUACAUGAGAUCUGCUGUAGCUGGGUGAAGGACUUUCCCAUGCGGCGCAAGCCACACCUGUAUUAUGAAACCUCUAUCCACGCCAUCAAGAACAUGCGUCGUAAGAUGGAGGACAAGCAUGUCUGCGUCCCGGACUUCAACAUCCUCUUCAAUCUGGAGGAUCAGGAAGAGCAAGCUUACUUUGCUGUGUUUGACGGGCAUGGAGGAGUAGAUGCUGCUGUGUAUGCUGCUAUACAUCUUCAUGUGAACUUGGUGAAGCAAGAGAUAUUCCCACAGGAUCCUGCAGAGGCGCUGUGCAGAGCUUUCCGCACCACAGAUGAGGGCUUUGUUAAGAAGGCCGCUAGGGAGAACCUUCGGUGUGGAACAACUGGAGUGGUGGCAUUUCUCCGUGGUAACAUGCUGUAUGUGGCCUGGCUGGGAGACUCCCAAGUGAUGUUGGUACGGCGGGGACAACCUGUAGAACUUAUGAAGCCCCAUAAACCAGACAGAGAGGAUGAGAAGCAUCGUAUUGAGGCCUUGGGCGGCUGUGUGGUCUGGUUUGGAGCAUGGAGAGUUAAUGGUAGCCUGUCUGUCUCCAGAGCUAUCGGGGAUGCUGAGCACAAGCCAUAUAUCUGCGGAGAUGCAGACUCUGCCUCUGUUGUCCUUGAUGGCUCUGAAGAUUACCUCAUUCUGGCAUGUGAUGGCUUUUACGACACAGUAAACCCUGAUGAGGCAGUGAAAGUGGUGUCUGACCAUCUAAAAGAGAACAAUGGGGACAGCAGUAUGGUUGCCCACAAGCUUGUGGCUUCUGCUCGUGAUGCAGGUUCCAGUGACAACAUCACAGUCAUUGUUGUGUUUCUCAGGGACUUAAACCCAUCUACCAACACUGAGCAGGAUAACAACCAAGCAGAAAACUCUUUUGAUGGUGGUCAAGAAGGCAAUGGAGAUGACAAAGAGAACCAGGGAGAUGGCAAAGGAUCAUGGCCACUUCACCAGUGCUCAGCACCUGCUGACUUAGGAGGUUAUGAUGGACAAGAGUCCUUCACAGAUAGAACUAGCUUGAACCUUGGCCCUAAUAUACAGAUUAUAGAAAAACAAGGCUAUGUAGACCUGCAAGGGGAAGGCAGCAAACCACGUAGUGCCAAAUGCGUGCCAUGCUCCCAAGUGUCAAGCAACAUCUCACCAAAAAGAGCCAAUAUGAAGAAAGAGUCUGCAGGAAGUCCUUCAGCUUAUCGAGAAAGUUCACUCUGUCCUUCUCAGGAGCUAAAGGAUGAAUGUUUGAAAGUUGUAGAGAAUGAUCCCUCACAUGCAUCUCCUGUACGGUUCAGGAAGAGGACAGGAGGGACUAAGGUCAAACCAAAGUUUCUUUCUUUGAUAAAGCCUUCUCACAAAGCACUGUCUACUUUAUCAGUGCCAGGGCAAAGCAUUGGUAAACAUAGGGUAUCACUUCAUAGCUCUCUAAUUUCUAGGAAAACUAGUCAUAAAGGUAGUUUGAUGAAUAGAGCAUUGUUAAGAGAGAGCAACUGUAUAGCAGUGGUAGAUCUACAUAGAUGCUAUAAUAUGUAAAAGAAACCUUAACCUCCCUUGUGUAUUCUUUACUUGUAGUGUUCCAGUGAAUUAGGUUAGAUAGACUCUAAUGGCAUAUUUUGCUAUCUUAGUGUAUUGAUCACACCCCAAGUAGUGCACAGUAUGGUACUCUGUCUACUUAUAAACUGACAUCUCUAUAGGAAAUUUGACAAGUGUCAGCUUGACACACCACUAGCCACUUGCCAGUUGACAAAUCUUGUCAAAAUAGGCCAAGGAUGACAUUCAAUGUGGCACAAACAAAUCACAGAAACAUUAAAUAUCCUCGGAGCCAGAGAUUAUUAAAUAACAUUUCUUAUAAAUGCAGUUAAAAUGCCAAUUGGUCUUACCCCUCACAAUUCUAAUCAUACUUGACCAAAAUCUGCAGUCUUCAUAUUUACUGCACACUGUGGUCAACAUCAAAAAUGUGGCACUUUUUGCACUGCUGAUAGUAGUAAAUUCAUUAAGACCACUUAUUCCAUAUCAGUGGCAUGAAAGUGAAAGAGUGAAAGCGACAGCUGCCCCUCCUUCCCAUA